AUGCAAUUCUUCAAGCUUUCCGUCCUCGUUGCCAUCACAACCCUUGCGGCUGCCACACCCGUUCCCCAGCUUGGCGGGCUACCAUCUCUACCCGUCUGCUUGACUGGGGGGCUCACUGAAUCUCUGCCUUUGGGCUUGAACAUUCUCGACUGUGCUGCGGGCCAGACGUGCCAGUCCGCUGCUGCUCUCCUUGACGCAGUCCCCAUCCUCGGAAGUAUCCUGGGGGGCCUCCUUAGCGACCUCCCUGUUGGUGUCGGAUCCCAGCUGCCAGUCCGCUCAAAUUAUCGUUCCAACAUCAUGAAUUUGGUCGCGGAAGUUGCUCCUGGCGUUAAGCCUAGUCUCGUCGUGGACGUUAUUAGUAAUAUGAACUCUACGGACUUGACGCAAUGUGAAAGCUAUCAUAUUUCCAUCCUGCCGCUCUCCGGCAAUUCCAGCAGCCAUGGGACACCACCAUACUACAUGAUGGCGUGGAAGUCGAAUGGCAUUCCAACUGUGUCUUCUAUUGGAUCAAACCGUAAUAACCUGUCCUGGACCGUCAAUCAAGCGAGUGGCUCUUCUCUUCUCCUGACGGUCGCCGAUAGCCAAGGGUUUUCGGGUGGAGAAGCACAAUCCGUUUACAAUAUUUCUGCCGGCAAGUCGAGUUGCCUUCCUUCACCACCCUCGACGAAUAUCACAUUAGUUGCAAAUAUUUCUACGUCAGAUCCUUUAGAAACAUGCGAGCUACUGGGUUUACGCGUUUUUGGUGGCCAAAAGCCGUACAUCAUUUCUCUUGCAGCCGUAAACUCGCCCAUGGUCACCAAUGUGACGUUGGGCAGCAAUGACGAUUUGUUGACUUGGCCAAAUCGAGCUGAUCCAAAUGGUCAAGUAAUGGCUGCCGUAUCGGAUGCGAAAGAUGUAUGGGGUACAAGCACUGGAUUAUUCAAAACCACUGGACCGCGUGUAACAGACGAUACGUGCAAGCUAAACACCUCGACAGGGAAUUCGACCAACAUCAAUCAACAUCUGCCGCAGCCAUCUAAAUCACAUACAGCGAUCAUCGCAGGUCUGAUCAUACCGGUUGUGGUUUUAUGCCUCGCUGGUGUUGCAUUCUAUCUCUGGUGCAAACGACAGCAAAUGCGGCGCGAGCGCGAACUUGCAUUGUUGCCAAGUUCAUGGAUUAACCAGUCCAUAUCGGACGUGGGACCUGGUGGUGUAUCAGCUUCUACUCUAGAACAUCUGUCACCAAGUGCAAAAUUUGCACGGGAUGGAGAUGGGAUGGACGAUUCUCGUACCUGCACUUCAUCGAGACGACCUGAGCGUGGAUUGGAACAUUUUUCGUCGGGAUCGCCUGAGAUGAUGCUGCAGUCUACGUUGGACGGACAUGGCAGUUCUGGCAGGAUCUCUAGUUCAUACUUGCAUGCAGGUUCUGUAGACGAUGGAAGGCGCGAUCUCCGUUCACCGCCAGGUGUUUCAGGCGAAUGGACAGUUGUUCGCGAAAUCGUUAUUCAGCAUCAGGAUGGUGGUACUGUUCAAGAUAUUCCACCUCCGUACCAAAAUCACAAUGUUCCGGUGCAGUCACCCGAUCCGGCUUCGCCUCCUGGGAUAGCUGAAAUCAGUGAUGUGGACCCUUUGACUGUCACGACCCGACCAUCAAGCGCUGGUGACACGUCUGCAUAUAGUCCCACACCUCUGCAACUUGCUCCACCACUCAGUAAGGGGAAGGGAAAAAGCAACAGAUCUCCUGACAUAGACAAUUAG